ACCUGAGAGAGCCGUUCUAUCCAAAGGCACGCGCGCCGUGGAGGAACGACCCGCAGUGUUUACGGAGAGUACAACAGCAAGCCUUUUAAACUAAUGUGACCCAUUUCCAGCGUGAGUCACCCGACUGCACAUUCUCUCACUCACUGAAUACCGGGUUGCAGAGAGAGAGAGAGCAACUUUUUAGCAGAAAGCGCGCAGAAACACCCCGUCGCAUCUCGAGACUGCAGGCAUCCGCCAGAAACAGCGCGCGUGUCUCCAGCGAAACCGUUAAAAGAUGUGAUUAUUUUCCAUUUCUGUCUCCGACAGGUGUCUUUAUUUUACAGAAGAACAAAGAUGAGACUUCACUAUUCUGCAGCAACUUCCAUCCUCAUCAUCCUUCAGAUGCUGUGGUGGGGCUUGAAUAGUCAAUGUGAGGAACCAAUAGAAAGCUCCAAACUCGACCUCUCUGUGACCUAUGACCUCCCUCACUUUGUGUCUGACACACCCAUCCAGAAUCUGUUGGAAUUCAAUGGAACUGUGUAUGUAGGUGCUGUUAACAAGCUGUACGCUCUGUCGAAAGACAUCAAGAAGAUACACGAGUAUAAUACCGGGCCUGUCCAUGAGGGUCAUGACUGCAGAGCACCAGAUCCAUGCAGUGGUUGCAAAAACAAACCCCUCAGCAAGAACAACACCAAUAUGGCCCUAUUGAUGGAGACUUUCUAUGAUCUUGAGCUCUUCAGCUGUGGAUCGGUUGGGAACGGCGUCUGCCGUCGUUACCUGUUAGAGGAUGGACCCCUGGAUGCGGAAAUCAGUUGCAUGUAUUCAAAGAAGAACAAAGACAGCAGCCACGGUUGUCCAGACUGCCUGGCAGGACCUUCAGGCACUCAGAUCCUAAAUGUGAUGAGCAGCGGCGUCGUGAGGUUCUUCGUCGCAAACUCUGAGCCUCUUGAUUCAACCAUCCCGCGUCUCCACCACACUAUCUCUGUCAGGAAGAUGCGAGAGACUCAAGACGGCUUUGAGUUCUUUUCCGAACAAUCCUACAUGGACUUGGCCCCAGGGCUGCGUGGAAACUACCCGCUGCACUACGUCUACUCCUUCCAGAGCGGCCCAUACGUGUAUUUUCUCACCGUCCAACGAGAAGGUGGCAGCUCAAACUCCUUCCACACGAGGAUCGUACGCAUGUGCUCUUCAGAUCCUGAGAUCUUGCGCUACGUUGAAAUGCCCUUUGAGUGUAUUUACUCCGAGCGAAGAAGAAAGAAGCGCUCGGCUCAGAUGGUUUUCAAUGUUCUCCAGGCUGCGCAUGUGGCAAAAGUCGGAUACGACUUUCAGCAGGAGAUGGGCCUGAAAGAAGGAGAGGACGUGCUGUUUGCUGCCUUUGCCCGGAGCAAACCCGACUCACCGGAGCCCACGGCCAGCUCUGCCGUUUGCCUUAUCUCCAUCACCGACAUCAAUAACUUCUUCAGGGAUUUCAUGCAGAAGGGCUACACGAGGAAGCUCAGUCACUUUCCAGGAUCAGAGGAGAAAAUUUUCAACCAGGUAAGAGGUUUCAACCAAAUUAUGCAUUUUCUCCUGUAAGUUUUAGCUAAAAGG